AUGAUUGUUGUUAAUUCAUCAGAAUAAAGCCAUUCAUUAAUUUAAUUUACUGUAAAUUAUUCUAUUAAGUUGAUCAAAGGCUUUUUAUUUUUUUUAUAUUCUCAAUUUAAUAGUUUUAUAACACUAAAAUAAAAGUAUCUCGAUAUAAUUCACAGCAAAGAUUUGUUUUAACACAAUUCUUUACUUAUGUGUUUAAGAAUAGUCUAUAAAAUAAAACACAAAAAGAAAAAUCAAAAUUAGUUUAUUAGAUAACAUUAUAAAAUAAUUACUAAAAUAAAAUCUAAUAAUAAAUCUGAAAGUCAGAAGCCUAAAUUUAAAAAAAAAAAUAAUUUAUUCAAUUUAUAUGAUCGUAUAUCCAGUAUAAAAGUAAGUGCAUUCACUAUCAAUAAUUUGAUCAUAUAAAAAAAUAAUUUUAAUUUUUGGACUCUUGUUUAUCAAGGCUUUAAUCAUUUUAUUUUAAAGACAAGAUUGAGUUGA